GACUUCUAUGCGUUCCUCCUGCACAUCACCGAUGGACGGCCGGAUUUGCGACAGUUCCUCGUGAGGAAGAUGCUCCUCCACCUGACCACCCCUGCAUGGUCCGGUGUAGAAUGCCCGGCUCCGAAUCGAGUUUCCAGACGCGGCGAUGGUGGACCAGCCGAGGCGCUAGAGGUGGUCGCCCUCAUUGCUACUCCAGUCGAGGCCUUCUCCUGGCGAGCCAUGGUCCGGAAAACUUUGGAGGAGCUCGCCGUCGGCGUCACAGCGGGAUGUCCAGUGGCUCUGCACGCGCGCUUCGCGGUGGGUCUCCCGCCUGCGCGACAGAUGGACCAACUCCAACUCGAGGCGCAGACCUUCGGCGAUUUGGCGCGGUUGAACAUGACUGACAACUUCAUCACUGCCGGCCAGAACUCGGAGAAGUCUUUCCUCUCCUUUGCGUGGGCGGUGCAACACUUCCCAAAUGCCGAUUUAAUUUUUCACCAAGAUGGCGACACCAUGGUGGACUGGCGCGAAGCUGUCCCACGAAUGCUGCGGCGAAUCUUCGGCCUCCUCCCGCCUGCACGACGUGACAUCAGGAGGCACUUCAUCGACACCAGGAUCUAA